GUCCCGUGGCUUGCCCGUUAAACCUGGCUGAGUUAAAACUGUUACUGUCGCGAGGAGCUCCGACCGUGCCCACCGCGAGGACACGUCAAAUCACAGUUGUACUCUCUCCUUUCGCAGGGUCAGAUCAACGGAGUCCAACAUCUUCGUGGCAUAACAGAAGCGGUUCUGGAACGGGAAAGAACGCUUAAGUCGUUUUAUGGAGGCUUGUGGGACGCAACGAAACAUUUCUUAAAGUGUUGGCACUGAGGAUAUCAGUCCAGAUCCACCUUUAAUUCGGAACAUAGUCUUGUUUGGAUUUCAGCCUGUUUGAAAUGUGGCGUUAUGUGCUCGAGAUAAAUGUGCUAUGUGUGUGAUUUGGAGAGGAUCUUGUGGAAGGUGUCCAGUGGGUAAGAGACUGGGUGGACUCUAUCUGCAACUGAUCCCCGUUUUCUGAGCGCAAUGGACUUGGAAUGAAGACAAAACAUGGAUAUAAUCUGGGAAAUAUUUAUUAUCCUUCAAGCCAAUCUCAUCGUUUGCACUUCAGCUCAGCCAAAUCCACCUAAAAUCCAUGAGGGAUGGUGGGCUUACAAAGAAGUUGUUCAGGGGAGCUUUGUUCCAGUGCCAUCGUUCUGGGGGCUUGUAAAUUCUGCAUGGAAUCUGUGUUCUGUGGGGAAGAGACAGUCUCCAGUCAACAUUGAGACGAGCCAUAUGAUAUUUGAUCCCUUCUUGACACCACUGAGGCUCAACACUGGCGGACGAAAGGUUGGAGGGACGAUGUACAACACCGGCCGCCAUGUCUCACUCCGAUUGGACAAAGAGCACCUGGUGAACAUCUCCGGUGGACCGAUGACGUACAGCCAUCGUCUUGAGGAGAUCAGGUUACACUUUGGAAGUGAGGAUGGACAGGGCUCUGAGCAUCUCCUCAAUGGCCAGGCCUUCUCUGGGGAG